AUGCUGAGCAACAUCGCCCCAUACCUCGCCAACCCGCGGCAGACGCUCACGCAGGUGCUCAAUUUCGCACUCGUGCUGUCGACCGCGUUCAUGAUGUGGAAGGGCCUGUCCAUCUACACCAACUCGUCGUCGCCCAUCGUCGUUGUGCUCUCGGGCAGCAUGGAGCCCGCCUUCCAGCGCGGCGAUCUGCUGUUUCUGUGGAACCGCAGCCCCCGCGCCGAAGUGGGCGAGAUCGUGGUGUAUAACGUGCGAGGAAAGGAUAUCCCAAUCGUGCACCGCGUGGUGAGGGCGUUUGGCGACGAUGCGAAGGAUCCGAAGGAGGCCGGGCAGAAGAAGAAGAGUGCUGGGUCGAGUGCGAAGACGGGGAAGAAAGAUACCACUGCAGCUGGGGCCGUUCACUCAGACGCCUCGCUCGUUUCGCACAAGUUGCUCACCAAGGGCGACAACAACCUCGCUGAUGAUACGGAGCUUUACGCGCAGGGACAGGACUUUCUGGACCGGAAAGUGGAUCUGGUGGGCAGUGUACGGGGCUACAUUCCAGCUGUUGGAUAUGUGACAAUCAUGCUCAGCGAGCAUCCGUGGCUGAAGAGUGUGUUAUUAGGGAUUAUGGGCCUUAUGGUGAUUCUCCAGCGAGAAUAG